AUGCUAGCCACAGCCUUUUCCUGGUGGACUGUUUCUCCAAAAUGUUACAUUGAGAUUGUUUCAUCAGGAAUUUUGAUUUUGCCCAAGGAAAGAUAUUUGCGAAGGUUCUCCUCCGUCAUAUCAUCUCCCAAUAGUUCUGAUGCAACAGAACAGCACACUUAUUUGGCAACAAAAUGUCAAAAAUUGGAGGAGAAUGAACGACAAGUGACUCUUAUUAUUGAUGAAAUAAGUGUGAGACCACACAUUGCCUUCUCGUCAAAUUCAUUGUGCGGGCUUAGUGUGAACCAGAAACUGAAACGUGCCACCAAUGUUCAGAGCUUUAUGAUAAACUCAGUAUACUCUUCGUACAAGGAUGUCGCUGCCCUGCUCCCGGUUCACAAUUCCAAUGCUGAAGAACUGUUUCAGUGGACACAAAAUAUCAUACCAAUGGUUCAAAAUUGUGGAUAUGUAAUUGUUGCCAUCAUAACAGAUAACAAUCGGGUAAAUAGAAACAUGCUAGCAAAGCAAUGUGGUGGCACCAUCCAAACAUCAAUUCCGAACCGUUCUAAUGAUGGUAAACAAAUAUUUAUUUUAUUUGAUACAGUGCAUAUAAUAAAGUCAGUCCGUAACAAUUGGAUUAACCAGAGGACAUAUGGCAAUACGUUCACCUUUCCAUCAAUAAACAACAGUUCUGAUUUGCUCAAAGCUGCUUUCUCGGACCUUGUAAAUAUUUAUGAAAAAGAAAAGAACGCCUUAAUUAAGUACGCACCAAAGCUAACAUUUGAAGCUUUGAAUCCAAACAACUUUGAUCGACAGAAUGUUUCUUUGUGUUUACGAGUUUUUGACGAAACAAACAUAGCUGCUCUAAAAGCACUAAUGAACGAUUGUGACGGGACUGUAGAAUUCUUAACCACAAUAAUUAACUGGUGGAAGAUAGUCAACUGCAAAAGCACACGUAAAGGUGUUGAACAUUGUGAUACUUAUGAGAUGCCAUUCUACAGCAUUGAUGAUGAAAGGGUUGCCUAUUUUUUUAGCAAAUUGUUUCAUGGUUGGAAGCUUGGAAGCAGGCCAAGCUGCCCUAUAAAGGAAAUAAAAGUGGAUAAAUAUGUGCUACUGGGAAAGUACCAGACUGACCCAAUUGAAGGUAGAUUUGGUCAAUACAGACAGAUGCAUGGAGGUAACUAUAAUAUUUCUGUUGAUCAAAUCAUGAAAGCUGAAAAAAGGCUACGACUAAAGAGUUUGAUAGAGAUGCAUUCUUCUAAAUUUGGUAAUUUCAAACUAAAGAACUUCCUAAUUGAGUUUAGUGAUGUACAUGAAAUUGACGACUGUGACAUUGAUUUAAUGAUGGAUUUAAUUGUAACGGAUAAAGAAAUGGUGUUUGAACUUGGUGGGGAAACUUCAAAAGAAUACAUGUUAUCACUUGAUAAUGACAUUAAAAUUCAAAACGCAAUGGGUGUUUUAUGUAUUAGCGUUCUUGUUUCUGCACUUCUUGUAGGAUUAUGUCUUAUUUUGUUUUAUUGCUGGUACUCAACGAGACACUUCAAAUACUGGAAAGAAAAAAAUAUUCCUUUUGUUAAACCUAAGCCAAUAUUUGGUUCUCUAUUUGAAACAUUAAGAAAGUCACUUCAUGUUGUUGAGGUAGAAAGAUACAUGAAAUAUGGACUGGUAUAUGGACAUUUUGAAGGAUCACGUCCAGCAAUAUCUGUAGCUGACCCAGCAUUAUUAAGAAAGAUUUUAGUGACAGACUUCCACGUAUUUCCCAACCGCAGACUCUUCGCAACUGGGGAGCCAGUUCUCGAUCGAAAUGUUGCGGCGGUGGUUGGGGAAGACUGGAAAAGACUUCGUUCAAUUAUAACGCCCACAUUCACCAUAGGGAAAAUAAAAAGGAUGAUGUCGAUUUUUAAAGAAUGCUCUCAAGUUUGCGUGGAUAAUUUUAUGGAAUACGCAAAAUCGGGAAAAUCAGCAGAUACAAAAAUUUUUUUUGAGGCUCUUUCAAUGGAUGUUAUUGCUAGUUCUGCUUUCUCUACGAAAAUAGAUUCUCAAAAGGACCCGAACAAUAAGUUUGUCUCCUCAGCAAGGCAACUGUUCAAAACCUUUUUCGGAUGGAGAUUUAUCCUUCUUCUCAUGUAUCCGCAAUUGUUAAAGCUUGCACAACUAAGUGCUUUUCCUUUGAAAGAGGUAUACUUCUUUAAAGAUAUGGCGUUGAAAAUAAUAGAAGAGCGUACAAGGACAGGACAGGUACGAAAUGAUUUCCUUCAGUUGCUCUUGGAUACUGCAAAAGAAACUCAAGAUGAAGAGACUCAUGAACCAGAUGAACUAACGGAAAAUUAUUGUACUGCAGAGUCUAAUGGAAAAGUUUAUAAGACUACAAACAAGCAGAAGCUUUCAAACAUUGAAGUAGUGGCACAAUGUGUUUUGUUUUUCUUUGCUGGGUUUGACGCUGCAGCUUCAGCUUUGUCCUUUGUCUUUUAUCAGCUGGCUCUUAACCCAAACGUUCAGGAGAGACUGAUCACCGAACUUGAAGAAGUUCUCACAUUUUCUGAUGGUAAUUUGACGUAUGAAGCUAUACAAAAAUUGAAAACUUUUGAUAAUGUCAUCUCAGAAACUUUGCGAAUGUACUCCCCAGCUGUGAGAUUAGAACGAACAGCAAAUGAAGAUUAUGAUUUGGGAUACAAGGGAAUUAAGUUGAAGAAGAAUAUGAUUGUUACCAUUCCUAUUUUUGCAAUUCAUAUGGAUCCUAAAAAUUAUCCCGAGCCUGAGAAGUUUAAUCCAGAUCGAUUCCUUCCCGAAGAGCGAUCUAAGAGAGAUCAAUUGGUCUUUAUGCCCUUCGGUUACGGCCCGCGAGGCUGCAUUGGAAUGCGAUUUGUCCUGAUGAUGAUCAAAGUGUGCAUAGCCUUUCUACUAAGCAAUUUUAAGUUCAAAAAGUGCGCACAAACAAAGGAACCUCUUGACUUUCUACCAGGACAACUUCUUCUGCGACCGAAGGAGAUAAUCCUGCAACUAGAGUUAAGAAAAGGUUUUAUAAAAGCUAAAUGACGUAAACAAGCAUGGAACACUUCUAUUGUAUAUAUUUGUGAAAAUAGGAGGUAAAAGAAAAGUUUGAAAGCAUUGCGCUUUCUAAGAGUGAGAAUUCAAGCUUUAUUGCUAGUAAUAUUGUUAUGCUAUGUAAGUGCGCUAAAUAAGGUCAAUCUAUUUCUGUUUACGGCAAAUGUUCCAAAUUUUGCACAUUACUCAUAUGUUCUUAAAAAAUGAAUAAAUAAAAAGUUUCGUAUAAAAUUUAAGUUUUAAAUAUUAUUUGCAGCAGCUUUAACAAAGAAGGCCAUUUUUCCCUUAGUAGGAACACCGGUUCCCAAUAACACCAAGUAAACGCAAUAAAGAACUACCAAACUUUUUAAAAGUUGAAAAAUUAAUUAAACCUCAUUUGAUAAAUUGUAAAAUUAUUUUCGAAAAUUCCAUACUUACUUUAAUAGAAGAAAGUAAAUAUGGAUCAAACGUUAUAUUCGGGUCUUUUUUUUUUUUUGUCCACUACUAUGCACUGUUCCAGCACUUAUGUGCAGUAUAUGCAGUACAGGAUAAUAUCCACCUCCCGAUAUUUUAGUACCAAAAUAAGGGCACAGGAAUGCUAAUAAAGCAAAUCAAGCUCUUAAUGGGCCACAAUCUACUUUUCUAAGUUUAUCGAAUGACAGCAGAGAAAAUGAUGGUACACAUCAUAAUUUUCCUUUCCGAAUUCGUUGUCAACUACAUUUAUUGGGCUUCCUAGAAAAAUGCACUUUUUAUACUGCUAAAUUUCAGUGAACCGUUAAGAAACAAAACUGUAAAAUAUAAUCUGCAAAAUUGUCUGAUGUUACUAUCAGACAAUUUUAACAAGAAUAUUUUUUUAACUGUUGCUGCACUUGUGCCUGUUGAUAACAAACUGCUUGUUGAUAACGCUUUAUAAUCAGUUAGGCUUUCUGAUGACGACAAAAUCACGAUCCAGCGAUCUUUAGCUAUCCUGCAUAGAAAAAUCGGAAAAGAGUUUGCCUUAUUGGUCUACAUAUCCUUAUUUGGCGUGCCUACAAUAUAAAUUUAUUUUAACUAUAGUGUCAUAUUCUUUUUCAAAAAAAUUAUUUGUUUCCGUCAUUUUGUAACAUUUGAUUUAAAUUCCAAUUGUUUAUUUUUGCAAUUUUUUUUAUUUUGCAUACGGUUGAUUAAUGUUAAUCAUAACUCAUAAAGCAAACAUGACGUAUUUUCAGUUUUCUAUCACCUGUAUGCUUUUUACUUUGUUUCUUUUUUUCUUUGUAAAUAUUGAAUAUGAUGUACAUAGUUAUUACAUUUGUUGUAUUUAAAUCGAUAAAAAGUCUAUUUAAAAAUGUUCUAAUGUAUUUAAGCAUGCAUAUUACUUAUACAAAUAAAAAUUUAAAAAACAAUGGAGUAAAAGAAGAAAAUUAAACCCAUAACUCGUGCGGAACCAUGCAACGAAAAAAAAAAGAUUGGUAACACAUAACGCAAUCUUUUGUUUCAGCAAAAAUGUCUCUUUACUGCAGUUGCUGAAAUUUAAAAAGUAUUUUAUUUGAUCAGCAGUACGUACUUGCUUGAAUCAAUAAGCUACGUUAUUUUUUAUCAUUGUUCUACAAAAUAUUUUGU